CAUUUCAGACACGAACGCCAGGUUUUGUGGGGACAAACAUCAUGACAGUGAGGUCAAGGUGGACAAAUGGGUCCAUGAAGAUCAGCUAAGAGGCUGUGGGAGUUUGCUUUUGCAUGAUCAUGUUGGAAAAGGCCAUAUUCAUUUCAGAUGUGACACUUUGAGUCCAGUUUCCAUCAGCUGAAAUAUGGUUGAGGACAGGGAAGAAAUUGGGAAGAGAAGAUGGAAACCGUGACGUUUUGAAUACAGUGGAAAAGUGGGACCUCGGAGAAUUAAUCAAGAUGCCUAAAGCAGGAAAGUUGGAAGGCAGGCAAGAUUCUUCAGGAUGCUUGCAAUGCUCUUCCUCCAAAGGUUCACCUUUGUGCUUCUGGAACCAAGGAAAUGGCAUGGUUUGUGGUCUGUCACUCUUUCCUUGGGAGGGGCCACUGUGGGAGAAGGGGAGGGGCCCUAAGGCUACUGGAGGCUGGCACACUAUAAAUCCCAUCCUCUGGGGAGAAGCCCUAUUGUGGAGCUGUAGGACAGACUGAGCAUUCCAGUUCCUUCUUGGGUGCUCAACGUUAUCUUAGUCCUAGCAGUAUGACUGUUACAUACAACGUCCAGGUGACAACGGGGAACUUCCUCCAGUCAGGCACCAUCGACUCCAUUUCCAUCACCUUGGUGGGCACCAAGGGUGAGAGCCCCAAAACUGCCCUGGACAACUGGGGCCUGGACUUCUAUCCUGGAGCGGUGAGUGAUUACAAAGUUUCCUGCGACCACAACCUGGGAGAGAUUGUGCUCCUCCGUCUUCACAAAGAAUGCACAGUCCACCUCGUCCCCACAAACUGGUACUGCAAUUUUAUCACCGUCACAUCCCCGAAAGGGGUGGUCUACAGUUUUCCUUGCUACCGGUGGAUGGAAGGGUGCCAGACUUUGGAGCUGAGGGAGGGAACUGCAAAAACACCUGCCAUGGAUACUCUACCUUUACUCAAAGAGUUCCGGAUAAAGGAGGUUCAGAAGAGGCAGUCUCAUUACGAGUGGAAGAUCUUCGCCAAGGGUGUCCCCUUCUGUCUGGACGCUUCAUCCAUGGAGGAGCUAGAAAGCGAUGUUAAAUUUUCUGUCACCAAAGCCGUCCUUUUUGCUGAACGCUCUAAAAGCAAGAAGAUAGAGCUCAAGCUGAGAGGCUAUUCCGAUAGCCAAGAAUCCUGGAAGGACCUGGAGGACAUCAAGAAGGUUUUCUGGUUCAACAAGUCAGAUAUAUCAGAAUACGUCACUGAGCACUGGAAAGAAGAUGCCUUCUUUGGGUACCAGUUCCUGAAUGGAGUGAACCCAAAAAUGAUCCGGAGAUGCACUGAGAUCCCUCCGAAUUUCCCUGUGACCCAGGAGAUGGUGGCCAAGUCCCUUGGAGAUGAUACUACGCUGGAGAAAGAGCUGGAGAAAGGCAACAUCUUCAUUGUUGACUACCAGAUCUUGGAUGGGGUCCCGGCUGGACUCAAUAAUGGACGCCAGCAGUACAUCGCUGCCCCGUUGUGCCUGUUGCACCUCUCUGCGCAAAAUCAUCUCAUGCCCUUGGCCAUUCAGCUCAGCCAGACCCCAGGUCCAGAGUCGCCCAUCUUCCUGCCAAGUGACUCCGAAUGGGAUUGGAUCCUGGCCAAAACCUGGGUGCGCAAUGCUGACUUCUACGCCCAUCAAGGUCUCACACAUCUGCUCCAGACGCACCUGCUGGCUGAAGUCUUCACCAUGGCCACCAUCCGCCAGUUGCCCAUGUGUCAUCCGCUUUACAAGCUCCUGAUUCCUCACACGCGUUAUACCCUUCACAUCAAUGCAUUGGCCCGGGAACGUCUCAUUUCUAAGGGGGGUGUCUUCGAUAAGGCAACUGGUGUCAGUUAUGAGGGAUUGGUGAAAGUGCUGCAAAAAGGAACCAGAGCCUUGACCUUCUCUUCGCUCUGCCUUCCGGAAGACCUGGAGGCUCGUGGGGUGUCCUCAUUACCCCAUUACUUCUACAAAGAAGAUGGCCUGAAGAUCUGGGCAGCCGUGGAGAGCUUUGUCUCUGGAAUAAUCCAUUUGUAUUAUCCAAACGAUCACUCUGUGCAGGAAGAUUCUGAGCUGCAGAAGUGGAUGGAGGAGGUCUUUGAGAAAGCCUUCCUGUCCCAAAAGGCUUCUGGCAUCCCUUCUUCCUUCUCUUCCGUGGAAGAGCUGAAAAAGUUCCUGACGAUGGUGGUUUAUACCUGUUCGGCUCAGCAUGCAGCCGUCAAUAGUGGGCAGUUUCAUUUUGGCGCCUGGAUGCCCAACUUCCCGCCUUCGAUGAGGAAACCGCCUCCAACCACCAAAGGCACAGCGAACUUGCAGAACUAUAAAGACACCAUCCCAGAGAUCAACACCACAGCCGUCAUAUUGAGUGCCAUUUGGCUUCUCAGCGCCCCUCAGGGAGACGUGAUCCCGCUGGGCAAGUACCCGGAUGAGCAUUUCACAGAAGAAGAACCCAAAAGGCUCAUUCUUGCUUUCCAAGAAGAACUAGGGAAGAUUUCCAAGAAAAUUGAGGAGAGGAACAAGUCUGUGGCCAACAUGGAGGUCCCUCUCGCCUACAAGUAUCUGUAUCCCCCAGAGAUCGAGAACAGCGUCUCCAUCUAAGCCGGAGGGGGAAAUCUCCUCCAAUAGCUGCGUAUCCAGUCUCUUGGUUUCUGCAUCUUAUUUAUGUGAUUUUUUUGCAUACAUUUAAUGGACAUGAUUUGCCAAGAAAAGGUAGAUAUCAGAAUCAGACUGUGGGAUGAGGAAAUCCCUUAGCAGCAGGUGUCACCAAGGAUUUGACUCUAUAUACAGUGUGACUUCUGUAUCCACUGGAGAUACUUUCCUGGAAUUAAUGUGAAUAUGCAAACACAUGAGUACUAGUGAACCCUAUUGAAAUGAAGGACUUCUGCCCCCAAAAUACCACAGGAUUGUCCCGGAAAACCUUGAGAAUGCCUAGAGAUGGCAUAUUUUUCCAGAAGUGGGUAAAUGUAACCAUAUAGGUUCCAUGGAUAUGAGUAUUGUAUCAUAAUUGACAUAGGAUGUCUGUUAUGUAGAAUCACAGCCUCUGAGGAUGCCUGCCAUAGAUGUGGGCGAAAUGACAGGAGAGAAUGCUUCUGGAUCAUGGCUAUACAGUUCGAAAAACUCACAGCAACCCAGUGAUUCCAGCCAUGAAAGUCUUCAACAACACAAUAUUCAAAAUAGUUGGACAAGUGAAAACUGGUUUUCUUUUAAUGUCCAGGAACCCCAACAAGGAGAUAACUGGGGCUCAUGGGUUUUUAUUGCACAUUGAAUCUUUGGACUAAAUUACACCAGGUUAGCAAGGCUACAGGGCUAUUUUUGGUCCUAUCAGCAAUGCACUUUACGGAGAUUUUAAAAAAUAUGCAUUAGGAUAAUCAAAAAAUCAUAAAGCUUGUAUUGUCCCAAGAUUAACCUACAUCAACAUGGUUUCUAACAUUUCACAAGUAAAAACCAGGAUACUAUCAAAGCAGUGCUUCCAGGCAACCAAAGGACUAAGGUUAUUCCUGAGGAAAUGUGCAAAAAAGUAUUAUUUUAAGCAAACAAAGCUUGGAAAUUAGGUACUAAAUUGAGGGAAUGCAGCACUUCACCUUUUCCUCUCCUCCUUCCUAAGUUAUUUAAGGAACACCAACUUCUGUACUUUUCACAGAAGCUGUGGAUGAUGGGGAAAGUGGAAGGAACUGAGAAACUGGGAUAUCCUAAAAGCCCUUGAAAAAUUGGGACAAACAGAGGAGAGUUGGGAGGGGAGAUUUUCGUUCUUUUCUUCACUAUAGGAAUCAAGCAGACAAUAUGUCCGGAUCUUAGCUGAAGAUUUGCAAUGUGAGUGGAUCAAGUCUAAUACACAAAUCAUCUGAUGAAGUGGGUGUGAGGAAAAUAAAACUUUCUGAGUCUUUUAAUGUGUCAUCUUGUUGUCAGCCCAUGGUAACCCUCUGCCCCCAAAAGAUUUAUAGCUUACUAAGAGACCACAAAUAAAUAUAUGAUAAAUAUUAA